CUGAAGUGAAAAUGUCAAAUGCAUCAACUGUCGACGCUUUUCAAAUACUCCUGCCCGAUAUGAAAAAUCAUUUCCUGAGGGCGUCUGACAGAGUCAUCCAUGGAUUUAUUUUCACGCGGUGUCAUUGUUACCGCUGAUUAUUUCAGGCCUACAUGAACUUUGCCUUUAGCCAGCCUGCCACCCCGCCAGCCUGCCUGUGACGUCAGCAGGGUGUCAUCGAUCUGGCUGAUUCUACUUGCAAAUCGGAUAUUUCCUGCACUGCUCCCUUGAUGUGUCUGACUUAUAACUAGCAAUACAUAGCCACACUUCAAAAAAAAAAAAAAAAGACCUCGACAGAAACACCAAUGUCACAAGCUCAUCAGCUGCUCGCUAAGUGUUCUACCUCAAUGGGAGGGACAGCGCAAGCUAUUUUUGACCCCUCUCCAGCAAAGCGGAGUAGUAGAAUAUGGCGCAAAUUAUUCUGCGCCACACGCAAGACCAAAAUAAACCUCGCAAGUUUUUCAAAUGCAAAAGAAAAAUCAGAACUGUGAUUUUUUUGCUGUUGUUGUUUCCUUUCAAUGCCUCGACACAGAGCCCAGCGACUGCUAGGAAUGACCGUGCACCGUAGACCUACCGUCAUCAGCGAGCACGACGUUGAGCGAACCCUCCGAGGCCAGGGUGAUGACAGACAAGGCGAUCCAUUAAAACUACAAAAUAGUACCAGGGCAAGACUAAAAAAAUGAAGUCAUUUGAACAGAGCACCACCCCUGUUGUAGAUGCUACCUGGCAGCAACGCCGACAGCUGAUGGUUGCACGGAGAGCACUCCUUUCAUCAGCGCUAAUUGUUGUUUUUCUUCUUUUGAUUUAUUUUGACAUAAAUUCAAAAGUAGUAUCAAGCUGGUCUGGCUUUGACUACCAUCUCUGGUUUCUGUUUGAAGUAUGUCUGGGGUUGCUGUUGAUGAUUAAAAUAAGCCUGAAUGUCUUCAUCCUCAUCGGGUACUUGUGGACAUUUGUAUUUGGGAGACCAGUUGACUUGACUGAGCAGCAGCGGAUUCUUCUUGGUGUUCAAGAAAGUGAGCAUGGAUUUCGCACACCUCCACAGCAACAGUCACCAGUCAGGCAGUCUCCAGAAAACAGACUGAUUUUCUCUACACCUCAUGGAAGCUUCUCCAGUGGAGAGGGCUCUCCUCACAAUUUGAUGCGACCCUUGUCAUUUUCACCAGGGUUUAUGUCCACUUCUUCACCCUAUACGACACGUUAUCGUAGCCCAUACUUUUCCUCGCCUUCCUCAUAUGGUACUCCACGUAAUCAUUCCUUUGAUGGGAAUUAUCAGUCCUUCAGUACAUCUGCAUCUUCAGAGCCUGUAAGUUUCUAUAGUGGAGGUAACAGCAGUACAAGAUCUCAUCUUGCUUACGCUAAGCGCUACAGCCCCUCAGUAACAGCCUCACCCUAUGAACACAUUACAGAUGUAAACAAGUUAAAAAGUUUUCUUCAGGGGGAAGAGGAGAAGGAACUUCGUUGCAAACAGUCAACACUUGAUAAUCUCAACACUAGUUCGUCGUUCUGGUCAUUUGGUGCAAGUGCUCUUGACCUGACAUACACGCUGAGAAAAUAUGCAUACCAGUUGGCUACACCUUCACCUCAGACCACUACCAAGGCCACAGCUGCAGACCAGACUUCCUUGUCUGGGUUUGAUGAAGUGUGGAACAGUUAUGGAGUCACAGAAGAUGCUUUGUAUACUUGGAUAGAAAAAUUGAGAAAGUGGCUGAGCUCAACCAUUGUGUCUCGACUCAGCAGAAAGAUUGUUGAAAUUAAUAAACAACUGCAAAAGAUAGGAUGUGAAGAUAUGCAGAUUGGAGAAAUUGGUCUUGCAACAGUUAAACAGCUGGCGUUAAGCAAGGGCAGCAUGGUACCGUCUCUUAACAAAGUGGUUCCUUAUCUUGAGUGUUGCCCCAACCAAGAAUACCUUGUCCAUAGAAUACUUGAUCUUAGCACAGGUAGCAUGAGUGAAUAUACCUGGAACAAGGGUGGCAAUUAUGGAAAGCCUUGGGGAGAGCAUCUUAUAACAGAUGCAGCAUUGGUGAUGCACCUGCUGUGCACAUACCUGGACUCUCGCCUACCUGCUCAGCCGCGUUACAUGGAUGGCAGGGUGUUCACAGCUCAACAUUUUGUCAAGACUCCAGAGAAACCUGACAUGCAGCGCAAAGAGAAUUUACUAAUAUACCAAACCAGUAUUAAUCCACCACACUUCCAGGUGGUCAUUGGAACAGAAACAUUCAAUUUACCUAAGGGUCGAAACAACCUCUUCCAAGCCAUUCUUCUGUUUUUCUAUCACAUCAAGACCAGAGAGGGUGGAAUGCUAGGGCGUGUCAACCUUGGUAUGUCAGGAUUGAACAUUCUGUGGAUCUUUGACUGAAGAUGUUUACUUUUAUCAUCUGUGUUAAUGCCUUACCCCUUGCCAUUGAGAGACAUGUCCUCCACUGCUAGUGUGGGAUUAAAAAGUUGGACCUGAAAGCUGCAAUGAGUGAGGUUGAUUAUGGCUCAGGUGAUCUCGAUAUGUUCUGCAUUGAUGAAGUUGCCACUGUUAUUAACAGGUUGAUAUUUAAGCAUAUGUCAGAGAUCACAAGAUCUUAAAUAUAAGAAGAAAAGUCUAAAAGUAAAAGUAAUCUAAAAAGUCCACGAAUGGCCUGUAAAGUUCUUAAGCUGGGAAAAGAAGAAAUGAGUGAAGUGUAUGGCAGCUUUUAAAGGAGAGAGAGAACCUUCCAAAAAAGUACACAUGCACAUAGUUUGACUUUACUUAUUUUUAUGCUGUCAGAAUGUAAUUCUGCAGCCUGCUUUAAUCAACAGAGCUUUUAUAAUGAAUGAUGGAGACAAGGAUUUUAGGGUAAAGAUGGAAAAUAAGUGGUACUUAUAUGUUUAAAAUCAAAGGGGUCUUCAACAUUUAGUCCUGGUCUGGACCAUGCCACAUAUCAGGUGUUACAGGCUAGUUGCUCUCUUAAGAUUAAUUAAAUGUAUACUAUCUUAGAAUGAUCUUUGAAUGAUUUUUGAAUUAUAUUUGAGAAUUUCCAAAGAAUGUUCUGGAUACGUUUUUGAUACAAUGAUUUUUCACAGCUUAGAGCGUCUUCUGUGAUUUAGAGCAUCAAUAUGUCGUGUGCAAGAUGAUUGCGGUUGUGUACGGACAGGGGAGAUUUGAAGAACUGACUUAAAUUGAACUCUUCCCUUUUUUGCUGUUGCUGGCAAGAAACGGGAUGAAGUUCAGAAAUAUAAAAUCUUGCUAAAGGAAGUAUUAUAAUAGCUUAGUACUUAUUGCUGAGAUUUGUUCUAAUCCAAUUUAAAAUUAAGAUCCAGCUGAAAUAUCAGGCUUUGAUGGCAUGCAUCCAUGCUUGAUGGUUGAAUUUACAGAAAUAGGUAGGGUAAGCUAGUUUUAUGCUUUUAAUUAAGAUUGUGUGAAGCUGAGUGAAAAGUUAUCGUUCAUUUGAAAUGUUGCAAGGAGCAUGAGUUGUCUAAUCAUUUGCUAUAAAUAUGACUGGGCUUCAGCUUCAGCACAUUCAAAAAAUAAAAACAUCUUUUGUAACUGAGAAGUCUGGCAGCAGUUCAUAUAAUACUUUUCAUUGUGUAAUAAAUUGAUGGGUUACCUCUGC